AUGGCAGACACCUUUGAGGGUCCUCACCUAUACAAUCUCCAAGUGGGGGAAGAUCGAAAACCACAGAUUGGGAUGGAAUUUCCAUCAUUGGAGGAGGUGUUCACGUUCUAUAAUCAAUAUGCACGUGAAUCCGACUUUAGUGCAAGAUUAGGCAACAGACAUACAGAUGAAAAAUGGAAAAAAGUUGCUCAAGUUGACAGUGUAAAGGAAAGAGCACGUGGGGAAGUAAGGACUGGAUGUAGGGCAAAACUAUCACUUGUUAAAGAACAGACCGGGGCAAAUUGGAUUGCCACUAAAUUCUUGGAAAGUCAUAAUCAUCCACUCUCAACACCUUCGAAGGUGCAUUUGCUCCGCUCACAUCGCCAUGUUUCUAAAGCCAAGAAAGUUUUGACGCAGCAGUUUGCAGAAGCUAAUAUCCCAACUUGUCAACAAGUCCGAUUAUUGGAGAUAGAUUCCGAAGACCCUGAGUUUCUAGGUUGCACGGAACGGGAUAUUAGAAACUUUGAGAGAGAGUUAAGGGAUGAACAAAAGCGAAUUGACGCUGAAACACUGAUUGAGUUUUUUGCGACUGAGAAAGAGAAGAAUUCCGCCUUUUUCUAUGCUUAUGAGAUUGAUUCAACAGGAAGAUUCACUAGGUGUUUAUGGGCUGAUCAUGUAUCAAUGAGGGCAUACAGUGUCUUUGGUGAUGCUGUUGUAUUUGAUACAACCUAUAACACCAACAAAUAUGGAUUGAUUUUCACACCCUUCAUAGGAGUUAAUCAUCAUCAUCAGAGCAUCGUAUUCGGUUGCGUCUUUUUAAGUGAUGAGAAAACUGAGUCGUUUGUUUGGUUGCUUACAAAGUUCAUUGAAGCAAUGCCUAAAGAUCCACCAACUGUGAUUAUCACCGAUCAAGAUCCAACGUUGAUGAAGGUUAUUGGCCAGGUUUUACCUCAAACAGUGCAUCGGUAUUGUUUGUGCCAUAUACUCAAUAAAUUUCAAGAUAAAUUACCCCCCUUGACUUUUCGCAACUACUAUCAAAUGAUAAAGGAUGUAAUUGUUAACUCCUCAUCCCCAGCCGAAUUUGAUAAGACAUGGGAAGAAGUUAUCAAGUGUUCUGGAUUGGAGAACAAUGAUUGGUUAACAUUGAUGUAUGAAAUAAGACAAAGAAAUGCCAAGGUGGGGGCAAUCUAUGACUUUGGUGCGCAAACUUCCAUCGACACUCCAGAUGCAAAAUUGAUGGCAAGACACUCUAGGCUAUCCUAUAAAGCUUCAGUAGUUAUUGAUGUUGCAUCUUUAACUGAUGAGGGGACAAACAUGUUAGAUGAUCAAUUUGAUUGUAUAUACAGUAAACUUCAAGAGCUUAACAUUAGCAGUAAAAAUGACAACCAAAGUCAAAGAAACCAAGGCAUCGAUGGGGGGCCCUCUAUUGUUGACCCUUCUUUGGUCAGGGCAAAGGGGUGUGGAAAAUGA